AUGGCUCAGAAAGAAGAGGCCGCGGCGGCCGCAGCGGUCGCGGAGCCCGCCUCCCAGAAUGGCGAGGACCUGGAGAACUUGGAGGACCCCGAGAAGCUGAAGGAGCUGAUUGAGCUGCCGCCCUUUGAGAUCGUCACCGGGGAGCGACUGCCUGCCCACUACUUUAAGUUUCAGUUCCGGAACGUGGAGUACAGCUCUGGGAGGAACAAGACCUUCCUCUGCUAUGUGGUGGAAGCACAGAACAAGGGAGGCCAAGUGCAGGCCUCUCGAGGGUACCUGGAGGACGAGCACGCUGCUGCCCACGCGGAAGAAGCCUUCUUCAACAGCAUCAUGCCGACCUUCGACCCUGCCCUGCGCUACUUGGUCACCUGGUACGUGUCCUCCAGCCCCUGCGCGGCCUGCGCAGACCGCAUCGUCAAGACCCUCAACAAGACCAAGAACCUGCGCCUGCUCAUCCUGGUGGGGCGGCUGUUCAUGUGGGAGGAGCCUGAGGUCCAGGCGGCUCUCAGGAAGCUGAAGGAGGCCGGCUGCAGACUUCGCAUCAUGAAGCCCCAGGACUUCGAGUUCAUCUGGCAGAAUUUUGUGGAGCAAGAAGAGGGUGAAUCCAAGGCCUUUGAGCCCUGGGAGGACAUUCAGGAGAACUUCCUGUACUACGAGGAGAAGUUGGCAGACAUCCUGAAGUAG